AAACGGUUUGAUGUUAAUUUUUGAAAAAUACUUUGACUUCUAAGCAUGUUCUAUCGUAUUUGUUUACUUAAUCUUGUUUCUCUUGUUCUUUCUCUCCAGGUUUUUGCUAUUGGCGAAGACAACGGGGGAAGAAGUCUCUCCUUUGUGUGGGUGUGUGUGUGUGAGGAUAACAAAACAAAACAGCCGCACCUCAAAAUUCCUUUUCAUGUGCUUUUGAUGAACUGGGACACUUUUUUCCAAAAAAUAUUUGCAAUUCUUGCGAAAGGAGAGAAAAAUAUCAGCAAAAAUAUACCUACUUACCCAUAAGCUCCUUUUUAACAAAAAAAUAAGCCGAGUUCUUUGCAAACAAAGUCAUGAAAGUCUCUUUAACAAAAAAAUUGUCAACCUUGUGUUGUGUUUGCACAUAAAAAAACUCGAGGCGCUGAAGGAGAGUUUUGAUAGUAAGUUUCGAUUUUUGGCAAACAAAAGGAAAGUUACUUUGGGUUGGGGAGGGGUUGCAAUGAAAUCGAUAUUUUUCUUUAUAUGCCUAUUAAUGAAGGGCUCGGAUGAGGCGGGAGGGGCAGUGUUAAAAGGAGAAGGGGUAGGGUUUGCAAAACAAUGAGCUCACACACACUUUUAAGUGGUAAUAAAAAGCGUAAAGUUAUUGUGCUUUGUGUAUGUGUGUGUGAGACCGGGGGGUAGGAAAUGCGUUAAAAAUACUUUUUUUUAAAAAAAGGAAGGUCGUGCAAUCUGUAAAUAAAGAUUGCUGCAAGUAAUUCUCCCAGGGAAGGGGAAAAAUCGUUUUAAACGCAGCAAGACGGGGGACGAAGUUUGCAGCAGGCUGUUCGGUUUAAUGCUUAAAAUGUAUUUUUUGCCGUGGCUGCUCGUUAAGAUGGCGGUCGCUGGCCGUCUUGUCCUAAGAUGGCGGUGGCGGCUGCUUUUUGCUGCCUUGUUAAAACAUGUUUUCCUUCCUCUAUCCGAAACGCCACAAGGACCCGAGCCACAGAGAGGCCGGAUGACUCAGAUCAGACCGAGGUGACGUAACCUUCAGCCCCCACCCCCUUUCCCCACCCCACAGCUCCACUUCUCUCUUAGCCAAUGGACUCAGCAAGGAAGAGGCGCCUGUCUGCAGCAAAUCCCGGAGAGUAAUAGCCCUCUCCCCUCUUACUGUGGCGAUUCCACUCUGUCUGUAAAUGACACUCGUCCGCCCCACAUCGGAAGCUGCUGCUCUGUGGGGAAGAACAGCAAUUUUAAAUUGGAAGGUAAUUGAUACAAUGGGUUCUGGGCCUGUAGAUCCAAAAGAGCUCCUAAUAGGGUUGGAUUGCCUGCUUGGUAAAGAUGGGGAAAUUAAAAGUGCCGAUGGUGUUAUUAGAAUUUACAGGUUGAUGAAGGAAUCAAAAAAGCUAGUGAGCAGGUGUAUGUACUUAAAUAUCCUGCUUCAGACCAGGUCUGAGGAGAUCCUAAAUCAGUUCAUCAGUAUUGGUGGUUACAAGCUGUUGAAUAAUUGGUUGACCUAUUCCAAAACUACCAGCAAUGUGCCGUUGUUACAGCAAAUUUUGCUGGCUUUGCAGCUGCUACCUCUCACUGUGGACCACCUAAAACAGAAUAACACAGCUAAGAUAGUGAAACAAUUGAGCAAGAGCUAUGAGGAUGAAGAACUCAGGAAGUUGGCACAGGUAUUGGUUGACCAUUGGAUGACUGUCAUUCGAUCUCAAAGUCUGGGCCCUGGAAUGAUGGAUAAACAGCCAGAGAGGAAAAAGCGGAAAGAAGAGAAAAAGGAUGAAGGCAAGAUUCGGGCACCAGUUUCCGAGAGAGUUCCAGAACCCAAGUCAGACCUCCGAGUGGAGGUCAAGGAGGAAGAAACAGAGAAGAAAAGAGAAAAGCCCAAAUCAUUGCGUACAACAGCACCCAGUCACGCUAAGUUCCGGUCAACAGGUUUGGAGAUGGAACCAGCAGCUCCCAUUCAGCCGAAGAAGAUGACACCUGGUCCAGUCAUUUCUGACAAGUACAACAUCAAGCCAGCACCUCUGAAGAGACCAAACACCUCUUUAACAAGCAGCGCUGCACCGCAAGUGGAAAAGAAGUACAAACCAUUGAAUGUGACUCCUAAUGCCACCAAGGAAAUCAAAGUCAAGAUCAUUCCCCCCCAACCUAUUGAGAGUACUGGAUUUCUGGAGGCACUCAACUCUGCCCCAGUGCAUGGGCUGAAAAUCAAGAAAAAGAAGAAGAUAACAUCCCCAACCAGUGUAAAGUCCAAUCCCUUCGAUCCAAAAGCCAGCCCUGAACAGAACAGCACCAAGCCUGCUUCUCCAGAAGCUGCCAUCACUGAGCCCAUGGAUGUGGAAAGGUCUGCCACACCAGUGCCGCUGGAGGAGGUGCCCGAACCUCUAGAGAUUACGAUAGCAGAAGAGGAUAACUCAGCGACUGUGGCCGCAUCAGCAGCUGAACCGUCUGUCCCUGAGGCAGCGCCAGAAGCAGCCAAACUGACCAAGAAGGGAAAGAAAAGGAAGACAGUGUCAUGGCGUGAGGAAUCAAAGCUGCGGGAGUAUUUCUACUUUGAACUGGACGAAACAGAACGAGUUAACGUGAACAAAAUCAAAGACUUUGGUGAAGCUGCCAAGCGCGAAAUGAUGAUGGACCGGCAGGCGUUUGAGACGGCUCGAAGGCUAAGCCACGACACAAUGGAGGAGAAGAUCCCUUGGACGUGCCCAGUUUUAAUCGACUUGGGCCCUCAGCUCGCAGAGCGGGGCAGUAACAGUCAGGAGAAGCUCAUUCAGGAGGAGCGAGAGAAAGGAAUCCUGCAGGAAAUCUUCCUGUCUAAAGACUGUGUUCCGGAGAGCCCCCAUGAGCCUGACCCAGAAUCCUACGAAACUAUUCCACCCAAGGUCAUUCCGCUGGAUGAUGAGAACGGUGUGGAGGAGCCAUUGUACGAGGAACCGAUGCAGACAAUCACUGGUGCUCAGUCCCCAGAUGGUUCUGGGAGCUCCAAACUGCCUCCAGUGCUAGCCAACCUCAUGGGCAGCAUGGGUGUGAAGGCACAACAGGCUGGCUCAAAUUCCAACUCCAGCAUCAACGUGCAGGAGCUGCUCACCUCCAUCAUGAGCAACAAAAAGCCCAUCGAGGAGUUGGUCAAGCAGCCUGAGUUUUCAGAUAAAAUCAAACAGCUGCUUGGGCCUCUACAGCAACAGGCUCCUUCAGGUCCACAGAUGAUGGGCCCUCCUCCAGCCAUGAACGGUUUUCCCCCAGGCCCCAACAAUAUGCCUCACUUCCCUCCCGGUGGUCCUGGCGGGCCGGGUGGACCUUUCCCAGGACCCCACGGCCCGAGGAUGAUGGGCCCCCCUCAGCGAGAUGGUUACUGGGACCAGCCGAAUGACAUGAGGGGUCCUCCCCACGGAAUGCGAGGCGGGCCCUACCAGCGGGGCCGGGGCCGCAACAAUGAGCCAGUCUUUAGGGGCCGCUGUGGGAGAGGGCCCCCCCAUGGCGGGGGGAGGGGAGGACAUGGCAACGGAAUGGGAGGUGGCCAUGGUGGAGACAUGUCCAACAGGCCCCCAUGUCGGCACUUCAUGAUGAAAGGCAGUUGCCGCUACGAAAGCAACUGUGCCUUCUACCACCCUGGUGUGAAUGGCCCCCCGCUGCCCUGAGGCCCGCUGUGUCUGGUUUAUGAAGCGGUUAAGCUAACCUCUGCUGAAGAGCAUUCUGGCUGGACCAGGCACUCAGAUUCCUGUGGAGAUUCCUGACAUCGGAGCGAGCGGGCUGGUCUCCCUCCAUCCUGUGGAAAGUUUGAACAGUUCACUGCUGUAUCAUGAGUGUGCAGGACCCUGUCUGGGUCUCCCAUCGCAGUCUACACAGACUUCAGAACAAUGAAACUGAACGGACAUCAGGCAUGGGAUUUAGACCACUACAAAGUGUUUAGUGUUGCAGAGACACACUAGACUCAGCUGUUUCCUUCCACUCACUGUCCCUUUCCCUCUUCCUGUUUGCCUCUGUGAGGCUGACAUAAGGCAGCUGAACUCCUGAAGGGGUGACAUAAACAAACUGCUUUCCCUCGAGUCUGCGCCAAAUACUAUUUUGCCACUACAACAAAGAAACAGAGCUCCCCUCGACCUAUUUGGUUAUUUGCAACUGCUGGUGAAGCAGAGAGAAGCGCAUCAAAUGUGUUCUGAAAGCUGGGUGAUGUCUUUUCCCUCACACCCUCCCCGUCUGUGAGUCUGUUACAUCGGAGAUGGGCAGAGCAGAGGUGCCUCCUCGGACUAGGCAACGACCGAAACCUCUACCUCUGCAUGAGCAAAGUGCCAGUCAACUAUUUCAGCGCUGCUUUCGACACUCAAUGUCCGGACUCUUGCUUUUCAUUGAGUGGCAUGGAUCCACUCUCUGCAGCAAGUUCACCACCUGUUCUUUGGCAAGUCGCUUCAAUUGCUUUCCUUCUGGCUCCUACCCUUCCCAUCCACCCACCCAUCUCCACAACACAAGUGCUGAUAACCUUCCAGUCGCUUCCAUACUGUGUAGUGGCUGAAAUCUUUUCCAACUAUUUUUGUAAAUAUCUAUUUUGUAAUAAAUGUGCACUGCACGACUGACAGGCACGGUGCUGUAUGCCUGAUAGCUGUCGUCUUCUGGCCGAGCAUAAAGUCUGUGUUCAGCAACCAUCAAUAUGAAGUCACUCUUUGCAUUACCCUCUCUUUUUUUCCCCCCUCCCCUCCCUCCUUAAUUUGACAUAGCAAAUCCCAUGACAUCCACCACACCCCUUUGUCAAAAGUACAGUCAUAACCUCAUUUUUAAAAAAUAUAUAUAUUAAUCCCUCCUCUCCCUCGAUCCUGGGGUUGCUGGCUAAUGAUGACCAGCCAGGGUGUAAGCACAGCUUUGCAAUUGAUAACGAUUUUUAAUGCAUUUGGUUAAUGGGGCACAGCGAUUCUGAAACAGCUAUUUUAUAACCCACCAAGACACCCCCCAAAAGCCUUCGGGGACAAUUAUUCUAAGGAUAUUUGAAGCAUUACAUAAAGCCAGGUAGCACAACCUUGCAGUCUCCCUUAAGCUUGUAUGAAGAUAAUUAAGGAGUUCUGCUUUCAUUGAGGCAGUGUGAGAGCCCAUGGAAGCAGUCAGUGGGUUUUCCCCCUGAAAGAACCCUCGUCCUGUUGCCCACAGUGUGACUGACAUCUCUACUUGCAGUUAUUUUUUUCUGUUAGGCUUUGACCCCUCUCACUCUGGACCCAAGGGUCCAUCAGUAAAUAUCUUCUAUAAACAGCACAUCUUGUGGAAGCUCCUUAAAAGUGAGCUUGGUGAUAGGUUCCAUUGGGCAUCUGUUACGAUUAGUGAGGUUUGUUAAGGAGGCAGAGAGGCACUGUCCUUGCUUGGGUUUGUGCAAAGGUAUAGAUUUUUCUUUUUUUUGGGUGGGGGUGGAGAAAAUUAGGCUUAGUUUUGAACUGAGGCUGUGAUAGCCAUUUUUUUCUUUAAUUGAAUACCCAACACGGGAGUUGAUUGGGGCAGUUACUUUUGUUUCUGGCAUAUAACAGAUUUGGGAUGAAACCCCUGAUUGGGUGGUAUUACCGUCUCCAGUGAGCAACUUAUGGCUGACAAAUUUGGUGGGCAUUUCAAAAAAGCAUAAACUAUGCUUGUCAGUGUAGAAACAUCCUGAUGGCAAGAGUGGCUGAGCUUCAACAGCACUUGGGAGAGAGGAGGGAGGACAAGCACUCUGUACAGGCAGGGAGAUGGUGGAACAGCUAACCCAGUCAACAUUGCACUAACAGUACUGUGGUACGUGAACAUUGGCAGCCUAAUCUCUAGAAUGGGACAGUUCCCUUCAGAACAUUGUUUAAUAUUUACAUUUGUAUAUGUCCAAUGUUUGUCCUCUUUGUUUUUUAUAUAAAUAUAUAUACUAAAUGCCCCAUCAUAGGUGAUGUGGUGAUGAUGACUGCUACUGAUCAUUUUACAGCUCACUUUCUUUUGAACAAAUGGAUAUUGUACAAAUUUUGUCAUUGUGCUUUAAAAUUAUAAAUAACCUGGAAGUUUUUUUAAAUAAACCAAUAAAAUGUAUUUUGAAAAUGGCUGAUCUACCUUUUCAAACAUGUGACUUACUGCAAGGUCAGUGAGUUAUGAGAUUUGUUUUCUGUGAAAACCUGCUGUUUGUCUCUUUGGUAGACACAUUAAUAUUUGGAGUAAUAUAUGCAUAAUGUUAGAGGAACUCUGUGGGUCAGGCAGCAUCUGUGGAAAAGAAUAGAUUUGACAUUUCUGUCCUGAAGAAGGGUCAAAUCUAUUCCUUUCCAUAGAUGCUGCCUGACCCACAGUGUUUCUCCAGCAUUUUGUGUGUUACUCUGGAUUUCCAGCAUCUGCAUAGUUAAUGUUGGGAGUUUAUUUUUGUGAAAUUGGUUGUACCUUUAGUACAGUAUUUGCUAAUUUUUAUAUUUUAAUAAUAAAACAU